AUGUCAUGGGAUGGGUGGACCUGCUGGCCUGAAGCCCCAGCGCCAUCUGAGCAGCAUCUCCCAUGUCCUCCACAGACCACUGUCAGCUCACAGCUGCCGCACUGCCCACAGCUGUCCCGCAGAGAGUGCCUGGCUGACGGCUCGUGGCGGCUGCCCACCGACUACUCGCCCUGCAGCCGUCUGCCUGGUGUGGUGCGCCGCCUCUGGGUCACCGUGGCAGCCCAGGCUGUGUCUGCUGCCUGCCUGGCGCCCGCCAUCCUGCUCUUCUCCUCCUAUGGGCAGUUGCAGAGCCACCGCGUUUCGCUGCACAAGCACUUCUUCAGCUCACUGCUGCUCUACUCACUGUUCGAGAUCGCCUUCACCCUGGCCGUCAUGCUGCCGUCCCGUUACCAGGACGUGUGGCUGUGUAACGUGCUACUGCUGACCACCAAGUACUGGCGCUGCAGCAACUACCUGUGGAUGUUCUGCGAGGGCUUCUACCUGCACCGCCUGCUCGCAGCCGCCUUCCAGCCCGAGAGGUCGCUCAUCGUCUUCUACGUCAUCGGCUGGGGUGUGCCGCUGCUGCCAGUAUCCGUGUACGCCCUGCUGCGCCACCUGCUGGCCCAGGGGGAGCCGGCCAGCUGCUGGGUGGAGCCCCACCACAUGGUCGAGUGGGUCCUCUACGUGCCCAGUCUGGUCAGCCUGCUGGUGAACUCUGUGUUCCUGGCACACAUCGUGUGCAUCCUGGUGAGCAAGUUGCGAGCCAACCACUGCCGGGAGCCCAGCUUCUUCAGGAAGGCGGUGCGGGGGACGCUGGCUCUGCUGCCGCUGUUCGGCCUGAACCUGCUGGUGUCCCUGUACCGGAUGCCCAACCCGUCCUGCACCUGGGAGCUGCUCUACGCCUACUUCGGGCUGCUGCUGGACGGACUGCAGGGGGCCUUCGUCGCUAUCAGCUUCUGCUUCCUCAACAGAGAGGUCCACAGCGCAGUGAGGCGGUCUUACAACCUGCUGUCGGACAAGUACCGCGGAGGUGGAGCUCGCUCACAUUCACGGAGCAGCGAAAGUUGUGGAGCUGCUCACACAACGCUGGCGAGUAUGGAUGGCUUCUGA